AUGUCUUUUCUCAGCGGUGCAAGGCCUACGGGGUCCACAGGUGGUGUCAAUACAGACAAAAUUGAGAUGGCUAUAACAGAACUUGACACUAUCACCGACUUUUUCAACCGAAUGGUUGCGUCUUGUCAUGCCAAAUGUAUAACACCCCGCUACACCGACGGUGAACUGAACAAGGGUGAAAUGGUCUGCAUCGACAGAUGUGUGUCAAAAUACAAUGAAGUACAGAAGAAGGUUGGCGAAAAGAUUCAGAGUAGAGGAGCAGCAGCAGGCGGGGCAGGUCCAGGAGCAACAGGACUAGGUUUCUAA